UAUUUUUUUUCCCAAGCGUCAAAUGAGGGAAACCGCUUGCUUGUUUGUGUCUGUGUGUGUUGCAGAUGAGAAAGAUUACGCGCCUCCCUGUGGUCAAUCACCAAAAGCAGUGAGGAGGCGGAGAGCGUACAGGGGCGGAGCUAAUUUAAGUGAAGGAGAGCUCUCUCGAAUAUAUCCUGCUGCUGCUCGCACAGAUCGGUUCAUACAGAACAUUUAAUAAACCUGCUCCAGAGCUCUGCUGAGGAAUCUCCCUGAAAACGAGCUUGGACUAUUUUUCACAAGCAGGAACAUGUAUUUUGACGCAGCUUGAGGAGCAAGCACCUUCAAGUCCAGAGCAGGAGCUUUGUGGCCGGGCGCAGCAUGUCACACGCCCAGGUGGAGAUCGCCGGAUGCGGCUUCCCAGGCUUGCAGCCACAUGGUCUGGGCAUGCGACGCAAUUCGUACGGCUUGCAUAAGAUCAGCGUGGAUGUGGACUCGCCUCUCUUCAGCGGCGCCCUCUCCAAAGCGCUCUCGUGGUCAGCAGAGAACAUCCUCAGCCUGCCCGAGUCCCGAGCCGAAGAGGAGGAGGAUGAGGAGAAACCCCGUGACGACACCCCCCCUUGCAGCCCUCUUUCCGAUGUCGCCGGCUCGCCCGGCGAGUCUGACAGUGAGCCGGCGCAGGGGAAAGGGCGGUGGACAUCGUCUCGGGUGAACUUUGACCCGCGGUCGGAAGAGGAAAAGGAGGACGUGGAGACCAAAGCGGUGGCAACGUCUCCUGACGGCCGCUACCUCAAGUUCAACAUCGAGAUCGGGAGGGGUUCCUUCAAGACCGUCUACAAGGGCCUCGACACGGAGACCACGGUGGAGGUGGCCUGGUGCGAGCUUCAGACUCGUAAGCUGACCAAGGCAGAGCGGCAGCGCUUCAGCGAGGAGGUGGAGAUGCUGAAGGGCCUCCAGCAUCCCAACAUCGUGCGCUUUCACGACUCGUGGAAGUCGACGGUGAAGGGCCACAAGUGCAUCAUCCUGGUGACCGAGCUCAUGACAUCCGGCACGCUCAAGACCUAUCUGAAAAGGUUCAAGGAGAUGAAGCCGAAGCUGCUGCAACGCUGGAGCCGUCAAAUCCUGAAGGGGCUCCAUUUCCUGCACACGCGCACGCCGCCCAUCAUCCACCGAGACCUCAAGUGCGACAACAUAUUUAUCACCGGGCCCACCGGCUCCGUCAAGAUCGGUGACCUCGGACUGGCCACGCUCAAGAGCGCCUCUUUUGCCAAAAGUGUGAUCGGAACGCCCGAGUUCAUGGCCCCCGAGAUGUACGAGGAGAAAUACGACGAGGCGGUGGACGUCUACGCCUUCGGCAUGUGCAUCCUGGAAAUGGCCACCUCCGAGUAUCCCUACUCUGAAUGUCAAAAUGCUGCACAGAUUUACCGCAAAGUCACCAGCGGCAUAAAACCCGACAGCUUCUACAACGUGAAAGUGCCGGAGCUCAAAGAGAUCAUCGAAGGCUGCAUUCGCAUGAACAACGAUGAAAGGUAUACCAUCCAGGAUCUGCUGGAGCACCCCUUCUUCCAGGAGAACCACGGCGUGCACGUGGAGCUGGCCGAGGAGGACGACGCGCUCAAGUCUGGCCUGAAGCUGUGGCUGCGCAUGGACGACACCAAGAAACUCCACGGAAAGUACAAGGACAACAACGCCAUCGAGUUCCUCUUUGAAUUGUACAAAGACGUCCCCGAAGAGGUGGCGCAGGAGAUGGUGGUGCUGGGCUUCGUGUGCGAGGCCGACUUCAAGCUAGUGGCCAAAGCCAUCCGGGACCGCGUGACGGCCAUCAAGCGCCAACGGGAAAAGCUGAGGCGGCAGGCCGAGGAGCGGAGGCCGCGUUCGUCCUCCCCGCGAGUCGGCGACAUCGCGGCCGGCGAAUCCCCCUCGCCGCCGGCCCCCUUGCCUUCCCCCCUCCUGUCCCCCGUCACCAGCUCGGCCGACUCCGGCGUCAGCUCCGGCUGCCCCGCAGAGACGGAAGAGCCCGAGGCCGACCAGCCCUUUCACAUCCGCCACAACAGCCUCUCCUCGGCUAAUUCUGACUGCGAGACGGACUGCGACCUGAGCUCCCCCGGCCUUCAAGACCCCCUGGAGGCCACACCCCCCGCCUCCUACGCCCACUCCUCGACCACAAACGGCCUGCCCAUCCCGGCGCUUCGUUUCCCUUCGAGCAUUGCCGUAUCCAACAAAAUGGAAAGCGUCAAGCCAGGAUCUCCGAAUGGCUUCAACUCUCCCGGGGACAGCUACGCCUCUGACGUGACCUCGGGCCUGAGCGACGGUUACGAGGGAGUGCCGGAGAAAAGCGAGAAAACGGUGGCCAGGCGGACCGCCGCCAAGCUUUUCAGGAGGCGGGUACGCUCCAGGCUGCGCAUCACCGGGCUAUCUGACAAAGUCGACCGGGUGGUGGAGUGUCAGCUGCAGACACACAACGACAAGAUGGUGACGUUCAAGUUCGACCUGGACGGAGACAACCCGGAUGACAUUGCCGCCGUCAUGGUGCACAACGAGUUCAUCCUGCCGUCGGAGAAGGAGGGCUUCAUCUACCGAAUGGGCGAUAUCAUCAAGCGGGCGGAGGCGCUCAUGGCCAAAGAGCAGCCGGUGCACCCCUGUGAGCAGCGUCCUCCUCAGCCUGCCUUCCACAGCGAAGCCAACCCGCUCUCUUCCUCGCAGCCGGAUCUGUACAGUCAGAGCCUCCCACGAACUCACUUCUCCUCCCUGCCCGACUUCGCUGUGGCUAAUCCGCGCGCUGAGGAAGGCACCUCACCUCCGUGCGCCGACGGCGACGUCUUCGCCCCAAACGCGACUUCGCCCGGGCGACCGCUCGUCCGCUCGCAGUCGUUCCACAACGCGCCAGGCUCUCCUCUCGCUUACCACCACACCGCCUCCCUCCUGCCCCACUGCCACAUGCCCUACAUGGGCAACUUCCCGUUCCAGUACAAUGCCAGGCCGGCUUCCCCUAAACCGAGGGCCACGGCGGUCGGCGGCCUCCAUCCCCCCCUCGCCCGCGCGUCCAGUAGCCCCACUUUUCCAUCCGUCCCUUCCCCGGUACCGCCGGGCUCCCCGAACCUCUUGAAUGACAGAGAGAGCCCAUCCGGGGCGUCGCCCGCGCCCCCGCAUCCCUGUAUGUGGCCCCCGCAGAGCCAGCCGCUGUUCUCGCUGGCCAACGUCAUCUCCAUGGCGAUGAGCAUGGCGCAGUCGUUCAUCCCUCCAGCCCAGCAGGGAAUGCCCUCCUACGGGGACUUCCACCCGCAGUCGGCGUUCCAGUACCCCCCUUGCUACCAGACCCCCACAAUGGAGGUGCCGUACCCCACAAACGUCUACCCGAGCUCUGGGAACACGCCACCGAUGGAUGUAUUCCCUCAAUGUUGGCAUGACACGUCCCCUGCUACCCCGCCAAACACGCCACUGCAACAGGCCGGAUCUCCCGCUUCACCCAGACCCCCUCAGGAGGACCUCGGACCUUUCCUGGGCCAAGUUCCGGUCCUAUCUCAAGUGCCCAGUUCGACCUCGUUGUCGGAUCUGUCACCCUCGCCAACAGGCAGUCCGGAGAGCACCUUAUCAUCCAUCAGCACUCUGUCCGAACUGAACGCCGGAAGUCCGACGGCCCAAAAAGUGUCGCCAUUGAGCCCCUCGGGAGGUCCGGCCGCUCCUGUGACGGUGGGCCGUUUCCAUGUGUCGCCCAGCGCCGACGACCCGGUCGUUGCCUCGCUGCCACAAGGGGACACAAGCAGCACCGAAGAAGGGCACGGCCAACCCGAGAAAAGCCUGGGUGCCUCCAUCCCCAUGAGGGAGGAGGAAGAGGAGGAGGAGGUGGCGGAGGAGCGCCCGAGGGUGAGGAGACGCGGGCGGAGGCGGGCGCACAGCCUCAGCCUGAUAGGCACGUCCGCGGACAGCGGGCUGUCGGUGACGACGCCCGAGGCAGAAGGCCGGCUGUGGGACGGCGCGGCCGGCAGCCCGCAGUACGGCAACGCACUUCACCACCUGUGGACCAUGACCUACAAUCACAACGCUUCCUACAUGAGCAGCGAUGACUCGGACAGCGACGACGACAAAGACAUGCUGGAUGAGCUCCAGGAGCUCCGAGAGAAACAUCUGUCUGAGGUUCAGGAACUUCAAGCAGCUCAGAAGCGGGAGAUCGAGGAUUUGUAUGAAAAGAUGGGCAAAGUCCCCCCACCGGGCAUCGUUUCCCCGGCCGCUAUGUUGUCCAGCCGUCAACGUCGCUUGUCCAAGGGUGCGGGGGGCUUGCCGCCGUCACGCCGGAACAGCCUCCAGCGCUUGGACAUGCAGCCCAUCCAAGGGAUCAUCAGAAGAAACUCUUUGGGAGGAAGCAGCAGCAGCUCCCAGGACAAACACAGCAAAGGCGUCACCUUCGCCUCAGACAUUAGCAGAAUGUAAGAACGAGCAAUCGUUGAAUAAUCCGGACUACCUCAUCUGACGGCAUCCUGAAGUUGAAGGUUGGGGUUUUAAAGAAAAUGACAUUGAACGACAUGCCGCAGCCCAUCCUCCAAAAUGUUCAGGAGUUUAAUUUGACACAUUUUGGGAAUAACAAGUCAUACCUGCUCAGUGAAGUGGACACCAGUUGAUUCCAUGCUUUCAGCGCCUUCCAAUUGCAUUGUACAUGUUUUGUUCUUUUUUUUUCUCCCCAAUUUCGUUUUGACGCCAGCCAUCCUGUGACAGGCAGAGAUGAGAACCCGUGAGAUGGCUGAAGAAAAACCAUUGAAACGCACAAACCUCCGCCAAGGAGCGAACAAUCAAUUUUGAAUGUCCUUUUAGAAGAUCAGAAAUGUAACAAAAGUGCAUUUUCAUUGCGUUUUUAUGAGGGGAAAAAUGUUGAGACUCACUGAAAUUCAAAACCCGGACUUCCAUUGUGUUAUACGGGGAUGAAAAGGAUGAUUGAGAAAAUAGACGUUAAACCUUAAUUGUCGGGGUGGGGUGGUGUACCCGCAAAACCUAAGGGAAUGGGGCGGGGGGUCCAAACAUGGAUACUAAUGUGCUAAAAUACACCAAACAGAUAUAAGGCACAUUAACCGAGGUAAACGAGGCACGACUGACAAUUUGCGCUAAGCCAAUUUAGCUAGCGCCAGCUAAUGCUAACGCUAGGGCAAGUCCAUCGAUAGUAACAACAGGAAUUAAACUCAACCAAUAAAUGAACACGACACAUGAAAUGAUAAUGCCACUUACCUUUCAUGGACGCACAAUGGAGAAGGCCCAAAACUCUUGUUUUCAAACACCAAAACCUUCGGCGGAUCGUAAAUCUCUUAAUGGCGCCCCACUCUGUAAUUGCCAAACAGCGGGUUACGCUCCCUCUUCCUUUUCCGUCUCGCUCGACCGCAACGAUAUGAACCACAAAAAAAUAUCAGUGAAUGGUCAUUGACCCGAAAAAGUCGGAAAUCCGGGAAAUUGUCAUCUUUUAUUUUUGCGUUAAGGCUCACAAUUUAAUUGGGUCAUUCCCACGAGUGCAACUGGACUGGAGCAGCUCAAUCUCGGUCGUGAUACUGAGCUAAAUCAUGAUUAAAAUGAUUUUAAGUAAAUACAAAGAUCCUAUUUAAAUAAUUCAUGAGUGAUCACACGUUAAAAUGCCUAAACUUAAUUAUGAAUUCAGUGAAAUACAAAAA